UUCUCCUACAUUGGUAGCAUCGCGUUCUGACGGCUUCCGUCGUCCGUCACCCCUGCUAAUUUCUGAGCCCUCAACCCCGAACCCGAAGCCUAAGCGCUCGAUUUUCCUCUCCCUUCUAGAGAUCGAAGGUUCUUGGGUUUUCAAGAUUCCUGGAUUCGAUCUUCUCCGAGGGAGAAUGGAGUUUGACGAGUACGAUUACCUGGAGAAAUCGGUGGAGGAAUCCGCUGAGAUCCGGAAGGAGAAGGAGCGCCGGAGCUCCCGGCACGGCGGCGACCACGAGAAGGACGGAGGCAGCGGGGAGAGGGCGUCGAGGCGGUCGAGGGCGGAGGAGCAGCAGAACGGUGAGAAGGUGGAUCGCGAGGAUCGGGAUCGCUCGCCGCGGCGCGAAAAGUUUCGCCACCAGAGCAGCAGGGAGGCCGGGAGGGAGCGUGACAAGGAUAGAGACCACCCGAGCCGAGAGAGGGAUCGGCGGGAAAGAGAUAAGGGGAAGGAGAAGGAGAGGGAUAGAGAUAAAAAGAGGGAAAGGGAGAAGGAGAGGGACAGAGAGAAAGAUAGGGAGAGGAGGGAGAGAGAAAGGGAACAGGAGAGGGAAAGGGAGAGGGAGAGAGAAGGGGAACGGGAGACGGAGAGGAGAAGCAGCAGCAGGUCGAGAAGGCAUGAUAGAGAGGUUGAAAGAGAGAUGGAGAGGGCGAGGAGUAGAGAGAGGGCAUUGAGAGAAAGAGAACUCGAGAAAGAGAUGAUGGAAAAAGAGAGCAGGAGGUUCAAGGAGAAAAAAGAAGCGGUGGAACCUGAAGUUGAUCCAGAAAGGGACCAGAGGACUGUUUUUGCUUAUCAGAUGCCUUUGAAGGCGACCGAAAGAGAUGCUUACGAGUUCUUCUCAAAAGCUGGAAAGGUGAGGGAUGUCCGCUUGAUUAUGGAUCGGAAUUCGGAUCGGAAUUCAAGGCGUUCAAAGGGAGUAGGUUACAUCGAGUUUUAUGAUGCAAUGUCAGUGCCGAUGGCAAUAGCUCUUUCUGGUCAACUCCUUCUUGGGCAACCAGUGAUGGUCAAACCUUCAGAAGCAGAAAAGAAUCUUGUUCAGUCAAAUUCUACUGGGACGGGUGUUACAGGAGCAGCUGCUGCAAGAAAAAUUUAUGUUGGAAACCUUCCCUUAAACAUUACAGAAGAUCAGCUUCGUCAGGUCUUUGAGCCUUUUGGUCCAGUGGAGCUUGUCCAACUACCGGUGGAUCUAGAAACGGGGCACUGCAGAGGUUAUGGAUUCAUCCAAUUUGCUCAAGUUGAACAUGCAAAGGCAGCUCAGAGUUUGAAUGGAAAGGUGGAAAUUGCAGGACGGGUCAUCAAGGUAUCAUCUGUCACAGAUCAUGUUGGUGGGCAGGAUGCUGGAGCGAAUGCUGCUGACUUUGAGGAUGAUGAUGGUGGUUGUUUGUCUUUGAAUGCUCAAUCUAGAGCUUUACUCAUGCAGAGAUUGGAUAGAACUGGAACUGCCUCAAGUAUUGCAGGGUCACUUGGAGUGCCUGUGCUUAAUGGAGCUGCUCCAAAUCAGCAGGCCUCAAGCUUGCCAAUGAAUGGGCAGGUCAGGGUGUCUGCAGUCCUUCCAACACUAGCUUCCCCUCUCACCGAGGCUAUAGGGGAGCCCAGUGAGUGUGUUAUAUUGAAGAAUAUGUUUGAUCCAGGCACUGAGAUGGAUCCAGAUUUUGAUUUAGAUGAAGUCGAAGAAGAAUGUUCCAAGUUUGGCCCGGUUAAACAUAUAUAUGUGGACAAGAACAGCCUUGGUCAUGUGUAUUUGAGGUUUGAUUCUGUGGCAGCAGCUGCUAGUUGUGUGCGAGCAAUGCACAUGAGAUGGUAUGCACGGCGAUCUAUAUCUGCGGCGUUCAUGCGGCCCGAAGAGUAUGAAGCCAUAUUCAGGAGUGUUUCUCGAACUUCUGAAGGUUAGGCAACGUCAAUCUUGUGCUUGCGGUGUGCUUGAUGACUCCAGUAAUCUGGUGAUUUUGUGGUUGGUCAUGCAAAAGCACAGUACUUGAUGAAUUUAGAAAUAGAAGCUCUUAAUGGCUCCACCUUUGUUGACCAAUGAGGUUGUAUUUGCCAUUGAGUCCAUGGACCUCAGAUUAUUAGAUUCUCUCCGGAAAUAUUGGGAGCAAGAAGGAUCCUAGUCAAAGGUAUCUCAAAAAAAAAGAAAAGAAAAAAAAAGGCAGUCCGGAGUUCUAUUACAAGCAGCUUGUUCAAGAAAUUCUAUUAGAUCGUCAAUGAAUUUGCGCUAUCCGACAUGUCCUUGGUGAAUAAUUUAUUUUACAUAUUAUAGACCUUCCUUGGAAUAAUGGCUUUUGGUCGAAUUGUGGAUAUAUUUGCAUGGUAAUGAAUAAAUUAAUUUUCAAA